AUGAACACCAUUGUUGAAGCAAUGAAACGUGGAUAUGAAGGUUGUGCCUCGCAGAAAACACCAAUGAGGCUUAGUAUAACAAAUAGUAUUAUCUCAAUGGCUUCACUGCGCUCGGGCCGCAGUCGGUCAACAUCGCACUUUUUGGAACCCAACUUGUCGCCAGUGAUAGCCUGUCCUGUCACUCCUGCACAAGUAUCACCAGCAAUUAACGGUCGCAGCCAAAGUAUAUUUCGCGCCCGACAAAGCCGUGCCAGCCAAGAUUACACUUCUAGACGAAGGUAUUUUUACAAUGAUUAG